AUGACGGGCACAGAGGACAAUGGCGGCAAAACGAGGGCAGGGCACGGAAGAAGAAGGUUAAAACCGCGACAUAAGUUUACCGAAGUUCAGCUGAAGAUACUCAGAAAAGUGUUUGAAAAUAGAAAUUAUCCACAUGUCGAAACCAAGGAUAAGCUGGCACAGUGUUUCAGGUGCCAAGUGUACGUGAUUGAAAACUGGUUUCAGAAUAAAAGAUCCAGGCUACGACCAAAAUUGAAAGGCAAAAAUUUUGCCGCCAAGAGAACGCACAAGAGCCAAGACUACAUGCUUACAGGCCACCAGGACACCCAGACCCAGGAAGCUUCUGGCUCACGUGACUCCGCGAUCCAAAGCAUCGGAAUGAGAUCAAGUGGCGCUGCGUGUCAUCAAGGCGCCAGUGGAAGUGGAUCUCCUCUCAACUUCACACCGACAAACUUUGCUCUUCCCUCUAUGAACCUGACACUGAAGAACUACCUGCUGCACUAG